AUGAGUAACGAUUUGGAGCAACCCGAAUCUUCCUCCGGCAAAUUCAUCCACACAGUGCAACCUCUGCGGGACCUCGAGUCCAAUUGGGCCGUCGAUUUAGCCAAGAAUUUAGAGGAAUAUUUAAUCAAGAUUUGUUCCGGUGAAAUCUCCAGCCACGACGACACCCACCUGUCCGUAAAUUUCGCUGAAGCUGCAUUGCUUCUUCAGGGAUCCAUACAGGUAUACAGUAGGAAGGUGGAAUAUUUGUAUUCUUUGGUUUUGCAUACUUUGGAGUUCAUUUCCCAGAAAAGUCAACAAGAUCAGGCGGAUAGUACUUCUGCCCGACCAGAAGAAACUGGAUCACAUACUGCAAAGGAUGAAGAGGAUGAUUCAUUUUGGGUUUCAGAUGACAUCCCAGUGGAAGCAAAUAUUUCACUGGAUGGUGCAACCUGUGGAGAUUCUCCCCCAAGUCACUUUGUGAGGGCCCCUGCAAAUCUAGUUGUCCUUGAAGGGGAUUGCUUUGAUGCUGGUGGUGAUGAUGGGGAACUAGAGUCCUAUCUGUUAGCCACCAAUGAUCUCUACCGGGAUUUUAUUUUGCUAGACUCUUGCGAUGCUGUUGCAGUUAAUGAUUUUCUAAAUGGUGAUUGUAAAGUUAACAAAGGGCAGACUAAUUUCUACAGAGGCAGCUCUCUGACCUCUAAGGGCCGUAAGAGCUUUCAGUCACCAAUAAGACAAUCUGGGGGAGCUGGCAGUAAGUUGUCAGCUGGAAAGAAUCUGGAUAAUAAUUUUACUCGGUCACCUUUUGUUAAUCUUGUCAAUGAGUCUAAUGACUACAAUGUGGGUCCCUCCUCUCCUGGCCAUGAUUUGCCUGACGAUAACAAUUAUGAAUCUGGAAUGGGAGAUGGUUAUCCAGAAACCGGAAACUGGGAUGAAUCUGAUGAAGAUGAUCCAUGGAAACCUUUGAAUCCUCAUGAACCAGGGAAUUUGAAAGUUAAACCUUAUAAAAAAGUGAAAGCUAAUAAAAGGCAAGGGUUUGGUUCCAAGAAACGCGUUUCCAUAGCUGAAGAAUUUCCUCUUGCAAAACUGCACGGUCCCAUUAGUUCAGAACUCACAGAAAUAUGGGAAGCAAAACAUGGUACCUCAGAAAGACAAGGAAAAUCACAAUCUCCUCCAUUUUACGAAAAGCUACGGGAAUCACUCGUUCUUGGAGGGGCUAAAAUGAAUGACGCCUUUCAUGAUUUCAAGGAUAACCUUGAAGAUAAUGGAUAUGAUAGUGGAGAUCCAGAUGGCGGACCACCGGAUUUUGACAUGCCAGAGAGUAAAUACAGUCAAGAAGAUGCACCUUCUCACCCAGAAAAUCACGAUGGUGCUGGCAAUCACUUUGACUUCAAUGAAGCUUAUGACGAUCCCGGUGCCAAUGCAAGCCUUGAAGAUCUUUGCCGGUCUCACUUGGAUUCUCUUCUUGCUAGUCUAGCCGAGACUGAGAAGCAGACUGAAUUGGCUACUCGGGUUUCAACAUGGAAACAAAGAAUUGAGCAGAACUUGGAAGAACAAGACACUCGACCACCAUUUGAUAUUCAUGAAUAUGGUGACAGAGUUCUGGAUAAGCUAUCUAUGGAAGGAGAUGAGGGAAAGAUCAUGUCUUUCGGAGAUGUUGUCAUGGGACAAGAUAAGCAUGAUGUUGCUCGAACAUUUUCUGCUCUACUUCAAUUGGUGAAUAAUGGAGAUGUGGAUCUGGCGCGGGACGACAAGAAUGAUAAUUUCACUUGCCACACAGCUGCUAAUCCUUUCUAUGUUCGGCUCCUAAGGCACGAGAGAAGGAAAGGAGUGCAGCUUCGGUCAUCUAAAAAGAGAGCCAAGUCUUCUUUAACGAAAGGAAAUGCCAGUAGUAAAAGGAACAAGCCAGUAAAGGAGAAUCGCCCAGUUGUUAAUAAUUCAUCACCUUCACGUUCUACCUCUCCAAGUCCAAGAAAGGCAAGCAGCGCCCGGGCUACUCCUCAAGGCAAGAAGAGACGGAAAUCGCCAUUAGAAGCCCCUUUAGACAUACAUGCUGCAGGCUAA